AUGGCAUCUCCAGCAUCCUUGGCUAGCUAUGAGAGUGAUAACAGCGAACACCGGAUUUCCUCGAUGCAGAAGCUCGGCAAGGGGGAACCGGUCGACAACGAUGAGUUCGACACGUGGAUGAAGUCGAAGCAGCUGCUCAAGCCGGACGACCAGCUCGACCUCACCGAGGCCGAGCUCGGCGAGGAGAUCCCGAAGCUGCUGUCGACGGAGAAUCGCCAUCUGCCGCGCAACCUGGUCGUGUACGACUUCCGCGAGGGUGCGUUUCUGCCGGUGCCGCCGCCGGAAAACACCAUCACGCUGCUGGAGUUCGAGGGCACCUCCAUCCACAAGGACACGGACGAGGCGAAGGAGCAGAUCUCGCGCAAAGGAACCGACGAGUUAAAUGUCACCCUGGACAAACCGAAGGAGUCUCUCGCCGACGACCAGGAGGAAACGAAAAAGCCCGAUACACCGGAAACUGGUGACGGCGAAGAGGGUGAACGGGACGAAGAUGAGGCCGACGCUGAGGGCGAAGGGCAGGAGCAAGAAGAAGAGGUACAGGCUCCACAGGAGGAGGAAGCACCGAAGAAGAAGCUAACGAACCAGUUCAACUUCUGCGAACGGGCCGCGCUGACGAUUGCAAAUCCAUCGCGGUCGGUCGACACGCAAACCAUACCCCCGCCGAGGUCCACCUUCGGGGCGAGCGUCCUCCAGUGGGUGAUCUACGAUUCGUACAUCGCCGAUUACGCGCAGCAGCAGCGCGAGAAGGAGCGGGAGAAGGAGAAGAAACCGGGCCUGCAGCGGAGGGACGAGAAGACGCGCAAGGACGAGAAGGCGAAGCAGGCGGAGGAGUUCAACAAGCGCUAUCUGCAGGCCUGCCAGAUCAUCGAGCGGAUGGUUAACCAGAACAUCUACGACGAGAUCGCCCAGGACUACCGCUACUGGGAGGAUCCGUCGGACGAGUUCCGCGAGGAGGAGGGCACGCUGCUUCCGCUGUGGAAGUUUUCCUACGAGCGCACCAAGAAGAUGUGCGUCACCGAUCUGUGCUUCAACACGCUGUACUACGAUCUGUUUGCCGUUUGCUUCGGAACGCUGGAUUUUAUGAAACAGAACGCCGAGGGAGCCGUUUGUUUGUUCACGAUAAAAAAUCCCUCCUUUCCGGAUUACCGAAUUGCCACCGAAAGUGGUGCCAUGUGCUGCGACAUCCAUCCCAAGUACCCGUACCUGAUAGCGAUCGGGCUGUACGAUGGCAACGUCAUCGUGUACAACCUGCAGGUCGGGACGAAGGAUCCGGUCUACAUUUCGCACGGCGUCAACGGCAAGCACGCGGAGUGCGUGUGGGAAAUCAAGUGGGGCCCGGACAUGCAGGACGGGGAAAUUAACUUCUUUUCGGUGUCGGGCGACGGCAAGGUGUUCAACUGGGUGCUGAUGCAGAACAAGCUCGCUAUCACGACGAUCAUCUCGCUGUUUCUCGAGCUGGACCACGUGAGCGGCCCGGAUGGCAGCACGCUCCGGCUGAAGGGUUGCGGUACCUGCAUGGUGUUUCACCCGCACAAUCCGGAAAUCUUUCUCGUCGGCACCGAGGAGGGCUACAUCUUCAAGUGCAGCACGGCGUACAGUUCGAAGUAUCUAAUGACGUACUAUGCGCACUACUUGCCCGUCCACCGGAUGGACUACAACAAGUUCAACUCGAAUAUCUUCGCUUCCUGCAGCGGUGACUGGCGGGUGAAGAUAUGGGAGGACAUGCGCCCCGAACCACUGUUCAUAUUCGAUCUCGGCUCGUCGGUCGGGGACGUCAAGUGGGCGCCGUACUCGAGCACCGUCUUCGCCGCCGUCACCACCGAGGGCAAGGUGUUCGUCUUCGACCUGAACGUGAACAAGUACAAGGCCAUCUGCACCCAGGCGAUCGUUUCCAAGCGCAAGAACAAGCUCUCCCGGCUGGCGUUCAAUCAGAAGCUACCGUUUAUCAUCGUCGGUGAUGAUAAAGGGACGACCAUUACGCUGAAGCUUUCGCCGAACCUGCGCGUCAAGACGAAGAUGGGCAAGAAGGCGGGCGUCGUCGAUCCGCAGCUGCUGGAAAGCCAGAAGCUGGACCGCCUGCUGUCGCUCGUCCGCGAGCUGCCGGAAGGGGAAACGGUCAAGGAAACCGUCUCGACGGUGGCGUCGAACUAA